AGCAUCAAAUCCCAGGAAGUGGAGCCCCGCUCCUCCACGUCCUGCCUUCCACUCCUAUUUUGUUUCAUUCGGGUCUCUCCACUUAUAGUAUAAUUUCCAGCCCAUCUCUAUCAGAGUCCGCUCGUAUGGCGACCCUUCAACUCCAGGACAGCCAAGUGCCUGAAGGAGAAGUAGCCAGAAUUCCAGUUGAGGAUACAGAUCCUAGUGUUCCUGCAGAAAUGAUUGAAAAAUAUCCUAUUCAAGCUACAGAUCACGGUGUUUCCACUAAAGGUGUUUCAGAUCUCCUCGCACAGGACACGGCAACUGUUAACCUGAAACAUUUAACUGCAAAGCUUCAAACGACAAGACGGUUUUCUACCCACACAUGUCAGGACCAUCUUCAGCAUGGCCAGCUUGAAGAGAAUGACAGUCGACACACUGAAGGAGAAUGUUUAUCAGAAGAAGAUAUGAAAGACAGUAAACCAUGUACAGAUUGUUCAGAAACUACAUGUAAAAAUUCACCGCUGUGCAUCUCUCCUCCUUGUAUUGGUGACUUGAUGAAUGAUGAAGAUAUACUGUACACGCUGAGGUUAAAGCUGGAUCCAUACCACCCAACCAUCAAAAACUGGAGAAACUUUGCCAGCAAAUGGGGCAUGACCUAUGAUGAACUGUGCUUUUUGGAGCAGAAACAACAAAGUCCCACUUUAGAGUUCUUAUUGAGGAACAGUGAACAAACAGUAGCACAAUUGAUUGACCUAUGCAAAUUUUACAAGAGGGUUGAUGUGCUAAAAGUCCUGGAGACAUGGGUGGAGAAAGAGUGGCCAAAGCAGUGGCAUACAAAAUAAGGUUCGAAAGAAAUUAAUAAUUAAUACUUUUUGUAAUCAUUUCACGUACAGUUCAUUUUUUUUCCAUCAACUUGUGUCAAAUAUGUGGAGACAGGAAGUUCUGAAGUUUGAACACUUAAGUUUUGGGAAAAAUAUAUUCAAAGUGAUGGAAAAAAAAUUGAGUAAACAGUAAAAUGGUUGGAAGAAUUGUGUGUACUUGCGGUGUGGCUGCCUCAAUUCUUUCCACGGCUGAGUAUUUUCUUGUUCCUCAUUGUACAUGUAGUUCAUUGAAGCAACAGAACAAUCCAUGCAGAAUUCGUUGAUAAGUGUAAACAAAGGUUUGUGGAAAUUUUUGGAUCUUAAUGGAUUCAAAUGUUACAUUUCUAGUUUGAACUCUGUUUUGUAGCUUUUUUUAAGUUUGAGAGUACAUUUAAACUGCCACGUUGUGCCAGUACAAAGAACUUCUGGCCGCACAAAAGUGGCAAUAUAACCUAGGACUGGCUUCUGGGAAAUUGGGAGAUUUCCUGAAUGCCCCUGUAAAUUGUUCCAAUGUGCUGUAUUACAUCUUUCCUUGAGAGUCCCGUGCCUUUUGGGGAAAGCCAAUUUACCUCUGAAGACUACCUUGCAUAGUAAGACCAUGCAGUGUGAGUUUGCAUCUUGGGCACUGAAAUGUAUUCUGCUGUUUUUCCUUGUCUCAAACCAUUUGUACUACAACUAAAAAAAUGUUUAUAAGUUUUGUCUUGUUAUCCAAUCGUACUAAUGAAUUGGAAUAUUGCUGAAUGGAACCGAGUUAGUCCAGUCACGUGCGAUGAUAUCUGUUGAUUUUCAACGGACACUUAGAUUGAUGUAAGAAUUCUCCUGCGCCACAGGAUUCUUCAAAACUAAAGUUUUCACUAGCAAGCAACAGUUGCCAGGAAGCAUGGUUCAGGUCAGAACAUUUAAGAAACAGCUAGAUGUUGCAAUGAAGAUGAUGGAAGAAUGUGAUCAAAUGUGAUUCAUUCUAAUCUGUGAUUUUGUAUGAUAAUCUGGAUAGUCAUAUUAACCUUCUUAAUUGUAUCCUCACCUGACCACCUCUAAUUGGGACACCAGUAUAUGAUUUUUAGCUUCUCAACAAAUUAUUUUGUUUGUCUGGAAAUAGACUUUGUUGCUAACAGAUCAGUCAAUUGCAAUAUUAAAGCGUACUAAAUUCACAAAGAGAUCUGGCAUACCUUUUUCUACUGAGUGACCGCCCUGUGUCUUUUUAUCACAAUGACAACACGUGACACUAAUGUAUCUUGAUGAAAUUGACAUUGCAUUACAUAGUUGGACACCAACAAUAAAAUGGUUUGCCAAUCACCUUUUUUAUGAAGGGGGUUCCUUCUUAAAUUACUAUUAAGUGGCUUUUCAAUCUUAAUUCCUUUUAUCAGAAAAGAUUACUUCACUGUGGAUGACAUAAUGAAAUAUAGGCCAGGACUUUACCUAUGGUAGACGGGCUGGGCAGGAGCGGGCGGGCACAAAGCCGAUCGCCACUUGCAAUCAGCUCCGAGCUGCCAUUUUAUGUGGGUGGGCCAAUUAAGGCCCGCCCAGCGUAAUACGUGGCCAGUAACACUCAGCGCUACCUGUGUGGGUGGGGUAGGAGGGAGAGUCGGGGCCAGCAAAUCUCU